AUGACUGGCAUCACUGCACCCUGCACUUGCUCUGUCGACGGAGUGUCAGGCUUGGCAGAUACAAGAUACCAGGGAUACUCUUUCACUGGGUGUGGUGCGCACGUUGACUACACUCUGAACACCUUCGAGGGUGGAGGCUACGAGAGGACUUGGUGCUACGUCACCUCGCCGCCAGACUGCCCAGGAGAAAGCCCAUACAUCCCCGAGGGCUUCAAGACAGACAACACCCUUCCGGAAUGGGAAGCCUUAGGUGCCGCCUGGAAAGAGUGCUACGAUGGCUACCGCUGUGAGGCUUGGUGGGGCGGCCUCGAGGGCUCGCCCGACGGAGAGCCCGUGGUGCUGGACGCCCCGCUGGAUUGGCCGGAUUGCUGCGCUCUUUGCAGCGGCAGCGGCAGCGACGACGGUGAUGGAUCGGGCACCACCUCUACCUGCGUGGCGUGGAGCUUUGACCCCUCCACAGGAUCAUGCCAACGAAUGUCGACGGUGGCGGAACCGUCCUACGACUACUCUUGGGGUGCCUGGAACAGCAACAACACCAUCAGCGGGUACCCCGGCUACUUCGAGGCUCCGCUCACCGACUGCUGGGGCCGGUCGCAGUACGACCUCUGCGUGAACACAAACGCGGCGUUUAUCAUUCCGGGCGUGAUCGUGGCCUUUAUCAGCCUCUGUUGCAUGUGGGCCUCGGGGUUUUGCGCCCCGUCGGCGAGGGCUGGUCUCCUGCGGGAACUUGCAAUAGAACAACCGCAGUCCUCAAGGCUCGUGAAGGUCGCUUGCGCAGAGGUUGCGUGUACAAAGACCGUCAAGAGCACCGGCAAAGGAGGCACCAAGAUCACUUACACCUACAACGGCACCUUCGUCACCCGUGACGGCGCUGUGUUCAACCUUCCUCCGCCGACUAGGCGUCCGAAGAUGCACGAAGCAAGCCGCAGGAUCGAGAAAAGAAUGCUCAGCGUCCUGCACAACACCAAGCGCAACCCUAGGGCCGAUCCGUCCCUCGCCCGCCGCUGCGAGACGCCGGACGGGUUAAGGGCCGAGUUUUCGAAGAUGGUGAGAGCCGUGCCGAGGAAACCUGAGGCAAGUAGAAGCGGUGGGAGCUUCUAUCGCAGCCACGUACUGGGUCAUCCCAAUGUGCCGGUCGAACGGGAUGCUGCAGUUGAUCAUCGCUUCGAUUGCAUCCUCCUCGUGGGAACGGAAGAGCCAGGUCGCACGCCUACGAAGGUACUGUUGGUGGGAAUCCUUGGCGAGGACCGCAUCACGUGCGUCGGCGAAGAUGUGUUGGGGGCUUCCGUUGCAGAUUUCUGCUGCGCUUCCUUCUGCUUCGUCCUGGCCGCCGCACUCCUGUUCAUCAUGUGUAUCACUCUCCUGACUAACGAGGCCGCCCAGAACAUGGCGGCUUGGACGUUCGAGGGGGACCAUCGCGUCGGGGCAAUUAUCGGCCUGGUGUUGUGCACCUGCGUCCCGCUAUCUCUCUUCGUGUGGAAGUGCCGCAAGAGCGGCAAACUGCUACGUUCGAUCAGGGAGUGUCCGCUGGUGGCUGAAUCGGAUCGGGUCAUCAAUAGCCGCACGUAGUCAGGUGUCGUCACGAGUGUCGUUUCAGAUAUGGCAUGGUCUUGAAUUUUAUGUACCAUGGAGGCUUGAUGGCGCGCAGCUGACUACUUGUUUUGCCCAGUUUGUGUGGGGCUCUGAUGCAAUUCCAAGUCCAAACCUCCAGCCGCUCUGUUCAUAGAGACACUCGGUGAACCAGACGUGUAAUACGUCACGACCCAGAAAUCCCGUUUUUGUUGUCGAAGAACGCAAAUCCGCACAGAAAAGGAAGGGCAGGUUUGUUUAAGGUGUAGACAAAGGCGUAGACAAAACAAACCGAGGUUGAUUGAAACAACUCGAAUUGCCAUACUGUUUAUAUUGGGGUACCCGGAACGCAUUGCGUACUGCGGGGCCCCCUCGGUCGAGAGAAGGAGUCGCAUGUGUUACCAUUCUGUUCAAGCCUUGUGUUCACAGAGUCUUAGCGUGCCAGAGAGAGAGUAUCGCAGAGACAACUAGCGAGGUGGUCACAUAGAAGGCUUCUAGUGGUGUGCCAGCCUCUGGAGCCGACAGGAAGUGGAGUCUUUUCCCACCCACCCACCCCUUUUCUUUCGAAGGUGGGGGAAAGGAGAGGACGGAUUUAAGAUUCCGGUAGAACUUGUAGCUGUAUGUAUGUGGGGCGAAGAAAAUGGUAGGGUACCAUUUAAGGGACUUGGUCAUCUGAGACUACUGUGUGCAGUAAGAUUGGUUCCCUCCACCGCAGGAGAGAGCACUCUCAGUUGCUGUUUGGAGGGAAGAGAGAGACAGUAUUUUUGGGACAUGUCGGCGGGAAACGUGCUCUCUGCCAGUUUGGUAUCUCUCUCUUCCCUCGGGCGGUAGAAAAUAUUAAAAAAUGCAAAUCG